CCAGAUAUCGUGCGCGCAUUCGCAGUGGAGCAAUGCCCGACAACGCAUCACUACGUCGGAAUCAGUGUCGAUAGAGUCUCGUGCGUUACAAAAAUAAUAUACUUUAAUGGUUUUCGCUUGGUGUCUGUGAUAUCUGCAUUUGAAUAGUUUAAAGCUGAUGCAUAAAAAAUUGUUUGCAAUGAAGAAAAAGGCACAUUACAUUGUUGGCUUCAAAAUUAAGGCAAAUGAGAUAAUACAUGCUCUCUGAUAGGCGCAUAUAAAAUUCCGAAACAUAAAUUACAGUCUGAAAUAGUAUUACUCCACUCACAGAUGCAUAACUAUGUAUAUGAAGUAUAUAAAGUUUACAUAUAUGUAUAAGCAUAUACAUACAUAAGUGCAACAAACAAAUGGACACGCGCUUUGUAGACACAUGAAUAAAACAAUUUGCUACACAUAAAUAGUACUAUAAAAAUAAAUCCGCAAUAAACAACGGCAAACAACAUAAAUCGAUACAAACCACAUACAAAAACUAAAGAAAUGCACAACAGGUUGAGUGAAAAUACAUAGCUGCAAGGCUAGUGCUUCAGUUAAUACACACAAAUUAACGCAACAUAGAGUGCAAUAAUCUCCUCUUGUCGAUACUACCAACGAUGGUAACUUGCAGUAUGGUGGACACUGUGCCCGUUUCGAAAAUGAAUACCGCGCAUGUUCGAAAGCCACUAAGCAGCAAUUCUUCCGGUUUCCGGCUUUUGGACGCCGAUCACUUGGAAACAGCCUCAAGUGUCAGCAAAAAUUCUGUUUACAAAUUAAAAAUUGAUCUGAUGUUCGAUGACACCAGAUCUCUACGCAGCAAUCGUCUUGAUGACACCAGAGGAUCACAUCGAACUCGUUCCAUAAUCAUGUAUGGACGUAGUGAGUUGGCAAGCACAGGGCAGAGUGCUCGAUCCAUUACAAGUUUGCUGCAGGAAUCUGCCGAGACGACGAAAAACCUUGCAACUUCCACUAAAAAAGAUAUGCAACGUAUGAGUAAUAGUGUUCAGGAACAAAUCGAGCAGCUUUUUACUGAUGUGGCUAAAGAUGCCACCAGCAGCUUUACAGUUAUAUACUUGGGCUCAUUACCGCUAAAAGAUAAAGUAACUAGCCUUCAAGGGCUUCAGCCACCUCUUCGUGAACUUUAUUUAAAGGAGUUGAAUACCAAGAAAAAGUGCUUUGGUGUUCUGGAAAUCUGUACAACUGGGUUGCGAGUUAAAAUUAAUGCUAAUUAUAACACCAAUACGCAAAGUGAAGAGAAUGUUACUCCAUUCCACAAUAUAGCAGUUUGGUCCGCAGUGAAAUUCGUUGUCUCAGAUAGUGAUGGCGGUGCUGCUUUUCUACCGUUGAUUACAGACCCCGACAAUAUUGACAAAACGUCCUUAUUUCGUCCAUUGGAUGGCAAUGAAAAAAAUCAUGUUCCAAAUAAUGGGCAUUCUCCAAUUUUUGCAGUCGUUAUGCGGGCCCCCGGUUUGCCAAAGGUUCUAAAAUGCCAUGCAUUCAUUUGUAAAAGUACCGAAGAUGCAAUUGUUAUCGCUGCCACAUUGUACCAGAGCUUAAUGGCCCACGUGAAUUCUAGUUCGCAUCGAAGCACUAAACGACGUACACCACGUAAUCAAAACGGCGUUAGUUGUAUAAGUAUUGCUAGUAGUUCGGCUCGAACGGGGUCAAAUUAUUUAUCACAAUCCCAUGCCUUAUCUAAUGGUCGGAAAAGUUCUCUGCGUAGUUCUAGUGAAAGCAUGGGCGCAGAAAUAGCUACACCUCCUAGAUCUGGGCGGAAAAAGCGUGGUUCCAACAGCUUUCAUACUUCUAGCAAUAAUGUUAUUAACGAGACGGAAACUACAACUGAAGAACGAAGAUGUAAAUCUCAAAAAAGUAAACGUGCUCCUCCGGUUCCUAACGGUUUACGCUCAAAUAACUCUGUACGUAACAUAGGUAAUCAAGCUGCCACUGCUCUUAAAGACGCAUUUUGUGAUGGUUGUGAAGGUGGUGGCUUCUUAUCGGUUGCGGAUUCAUUGGGUGGUAACUCUAGCAGCGUCCUACGUAAUGAUAAUAAUGGAGAUAUACUAACGCGCGUAGCAAUACCUCGAUCCGGUAGCUUCCUAAACACGGGAGGACUUACGCGGUAUAAAUCAAGAGCUGCGCGUAGACAUUCUGGUAAACUAGGCGGAGGUGGUGGUUCACCACUUGGUUUCAGCGAACUGUUUAAUGAAUUCCGCUUGCAUGAAAACCUUCAUUCAUUGGACGAAAUUCUUUAUGCCAUAAUUGACGCCGAUGGUAUGUCAUUCAACGAUCUUAAGCCAAUCUACAAAGAAUUUCUUAUGAAAUUGGCGGUAACCCUCACAAAGGAUGAACUCUUCCAGCGAUCAAAGAAUAUUAUGCGGCGACAAAGGAAAAAAAAGUUGAAGCAUCGAAGUAACGCACCAGUAACACAGAAAAAAUCCAAAACGUUUAUGUUUGGAACGAGGAGUUUAAAAAAAGUUCUCCACUUAGGCCAAUUUAGAUCCUGUCGCGGCAAACCAAUGUCAAAAUUUCCCCCGAAUAAAAAAGAAGAAGUCCAAAAUCUCAGUAAGAGUAGAACGCAUGCAGUUAAACCAUCUGUCACAGGGCAGUCAAAUGACCAUCAGCGGAUGCGAGUAGCAACCAGUGGUUCGGACGUAUCGGUGGUGCGCAAAGAUAACACCCUUCGUGGGCUAAAUAGAAACAGCAGCAGCGGCUACGUGUCUUGUUCCGAGUGCAGCUAUGAUUCAGAAUCAUGUACGUGCACAUCAGCGGACCGAUGUUACUGCAGUCUACGAACGGAUCACGUUGACAGCAGAUUACGCCACAAAAGUGAACGAAACAUUAUUACGUCUAAUAAUACAACUAGCAUCAGCAGACGAAAUACAAAUAACUCUUCCGGCGGUAAUAUUAAUCGGGAUUCCUUAAUAUCUUGCAAGUCGGAUGAAAAAUGCUAUUGUUCCAUGGUGGAAGAAGAGAGUGCUUUGCCCGUGUGUGAUUUUACAAACACACAUUCGGAUACCACGUGGUGUGAUACUGAUAGUUGUGUCAGUACUAGCAAAUGUUAUUGCCAACGCAGUCAGCGUGAUCGUCAGCAAAAAUCUAUUCGUGGUGACACGAGUACUCCUUUUUCACACAAAGGUAGUACCAAAAAUCAAACCGCCGCAGAGAAACUUGCUUUGGAUUACGAGCUCUUUACGAUAAGCAGUAAUGGAAAGUCGGUCCAACCACAUGAAGCUUUAAGUGUAAAAAAAAGUGUAGAAGCAGCAGCUAUUUUUGCCGAUAUGAAACUUAGUCAAACAACUGACAUUAAAAGCAUGUGCCCACCACCUUCGAUUAAAUCUAAGACUAGUUUAUCCGUAAGAAGUGCGCGCAGCGAGGAAGCAAAGAGGUUUGUUCAGUCCGUAAAGAAGCGUGAUUCCUCUAGUAUCGAUCGACGGCACAAACAUCAUAGUACCGGUGUUUUAUCGUCGAGUUCAUCCCAAAAAUCUCAUAGUGCUGAAGAUUUAUUGGGAAAAUUGAGAGCAAUGGAAAAAAACUCAAAAUCAGAAUCGUUUAAGAGUGCCCGCGACAAAGGUCAAACUUUGCUUACAGAGUUUGAAAAACAUGGCAGUUUGCAUUGUAAUUAUCAGUCGAUGCGAGCUGUGAAUGCCUCUUUGGAAGACACUCUAGGGUAUUUGCCAUAAGUCGAAGUUAUGAUGUAAUGAUAAACUUCUUCGUAUAUUAAUAUUCAUUGUACAUAUGUAUGUAAUGGAAAAAUUCAACUUGUUUGAAUUUCGCUCGACACCUCUAUGAAGGAACGAUUGCGCGAGGUUCAAACAAUUGACUUCUUAAUUUUAUCACAUAAAAAUAUGUGUUUAAAUUCUUAUUGUGGGCAAAAAUAGUAAGACCUAAUUUAAAUUUCGACUAUGACAUCCGUGCACAUUUUCACAACGUAAUAAUCACUAGCGUUUCGUCUUCCUGAAGUACAUAAAGUUCACUAGGCGACUUUUACGAUUAGUGAAAUAUUUCAACAAAGAAUUAUUGUGUUCAGAAUUAAAUGUCUUUUGCCGAAAUGUUCAAAAUGUUAGAAAAGACCUUGUUGCGAGCAAGAGUUUCUGAUUGAUAUAAAUUAUUCAAUGAAGCUCAAGUGUCGUUGACGACGAACCACGUCCAGGACCACCAUCACCAUAAACUGAUGAUCAACACGUCAAUAAGGUAAAGGAAUUGGUGCUUAAGCAUCAACGAUUAACAGUUACUAAAUUUUUUCGAAAACAGCGUCUCGUUAACGUCUGUGAAACAAUGUUUUCCGACUACCCGGAUGCCAUGAAAAAGGUAAAAAAUCAAGGUUAUUUUGACAGUUUUCAUCGAUUUUUGAGGUGUGAUACACUCCGAAUUCCUUCCAACCGACCAAACUCUUAACAAGGAAUACUAUUUGAGUGUUAUGCGCGAAGCUAUUUGUAAAAAGAGGUCGAAAUUGUAGGUCGACAACUCUUUGUCGCAUACUGCAUUGAUUUUUCGUGAGUUUUUCGCCAAAUUUUCAAUCACUAUCAUGCCGGACCCACGGUAUUCGUCUGAUUUAGCUCCGUGUGACUUCUGGCUGUUCAGCGAACUCAAACGACCGCUCUGUAGAAACAGUUUUGAGUCAAUUGAAGACAUUAAACGUUAAUCGAUUACCGCAUUGAAGACUAUUCCGAAAAGUGACUUUAACACCUGUUUCGAAGAUUGAGGAUAAGGGAGAUUAGUUUGAGGGGACGACAUAGACUUACAUACAGAACAUAUUAAGAAUUUUAAAUGAUGAACAGAGUAUUACUAUUUGUUGCUCAUAGUAGUAUAUUAUGAGUAUAAAAGCAUACUAUAUAUUAUUGUACAACGUUAAAUGUAUAAUAAAUAAUUAAUUAGUACACACAUUUAAGACAAUUCUCUACAAAAGUAUUCAAAUUAUAUUAUUUUUGUAAUUAUAGAAGUGUUAUACAACUUUAAGUUGAGUUAUGAGUGAAUUUAUAAAUGUUUGGAAUUAAAGUAUAUUUAAGGUUAUAAUUUUAUGUGCACAUAGGUAUACAUAUAUACAUAUAUUACAAGCUUAUCUCGCUAAGCAUUCCUUCGAAAUAUAUCGAAAAUCAUUUAUUUCGCUUCGCUGUUUCUAUGCAAUAAAUUGGAAAUAAAUGUAGAUUUUAGGUUUUAUUUUGGACUCAAGUUUUUGUUCAAUUGCAAAAUAUAGUUUGUGCAAUUUGAAUAUAUGAAUAUAUCAGGAAUAACAUUUUUAGUAACGACUAUGGGAAAUUGUUUUUUUAUUACUUAGAAGUUCUGAACAUCACAAUGGUGGUUAUAGCUGUCAAGUGGCGUCUACCUAACCUAAGAUAUAGCUCAAACAAGAAAAAACGUUAAGUCGGGUAGAACCAAAGCUUUGAUAAACUUCCCUAAUACAAGCGAUACGAAACAAGCAGUUUAUUUUGGACAACAACCUUUUCAAAAUUUCUUGAAGAUACACACAAGCUUUCGAUUUGGCAGGUAUAGGCUAUAUCGGUCCUAUCGGAGUGAUUUAUUUUAUGUUCGAUGAUCAUUUAUAUAUAUAAGUAUAUUCUAAAGGUCUCCGGCGUUUCCUUCAGGGUGUUACAAAUUUCGUGAUAAACUUAAUAUUAUAUAUUCAGGGUAUAUAAAGCAAAUAGUUCCUCGACAUACGAAAUCUACUCCAUACUUUAUAUACCACACUGUCAUCCAGACAAGAUUAGGUUAAAGAAAAACUUAAAAGAUGGAGUCGUGUGUAGAACUUCACGCAACCAAGGAAAGUUCUCUGAUCGUCAUUCACUUGGGCGUGGCCAGAAACGAUUCUUUUACAUAUGGCUCAAGCAGCUCUCGACUUCCGGUAUUUGACCAAGUAUUCUCUGGGUAGCCUAAGAAUAUCCGUUUGAAAGCGAGCUAAUGUGAGAAGGCGAAACAUCCCCUCCGCAAAGUUGUACGCUGGGUUUGGGACCCGCCACGUAAAAAAACGCACCCAAUGCGAUAGACGGGACAAGGACUCAGACGAGUAGGUCCUUGUGGCAUUUACUACAGUGGCCAUAUAAAGAAGCGUAAAUUUGGUGUGGGAUUCGUGGUGAGAGAGAGACUCCGUCCAGAGUACUGUCGUUCACCCCGGCGGAUGAACGUCUACCCACAAUCCGCAUCAAAGCGAAGAUCUCCAAUAUAUCGCUGAUCUGCGCCCACACCCCGACGGAAAAGAAGGACGAUGUGACCAAAGAUGCCUUCUCUGAGCGCUUGGAACGCACCUAUGAGAGCUGCCCCCGACAUGAUAUCAAAGUCUUGCUUGGCGACUUUAACGCCAGGGAGGCAAAGAAGGUAUCUUUGGCACUACGAUUUGUAAAUUCACCCUCUACGUUGAAACAUCCCCAAAUGGGUUGAGGCUGAUCGACUUCGCCGGGGUCCGAAAUAUGGUUAUUUGUAGUACUAGAUUCCAGCAUAAAAAAAUUCAUCAAGGCACCUGGCUGUCUUCGGAUCGAAAAGCUGCCAACCAGAUCGAUCACGAUGUAAAAGGAAGAUACGUCUGCAGUGUUUUAGAUGUGCGUGUCUUGUGUGUGUUUUAGAUGUGUUGCAGUCAAGAAACACAAUGAAGGUUCGACGUCGAGAAGCUGCAAUGACAACAGACAGACGAACAAUUUUUUACUCGACUUGCACUCCUGCUCUCUGAGAGCACUUGUCAACAAUUCGGUAUAAGGGAACUGUUGGACGGCAUUUAAAGCUCCUUAGGUACUGCAACCGAAACCAUUGGUUUUCGGAAAGUGCAAAAGAACAGCUGGUACGACGAGGAGUGCCGUGUCGCAGCGGAGAGAAAACAGGCUGCCUACCUCGCAACGUUACGAUCGACCACAACACGUGCGGAUGGGAUAGAUACCAAGAGUUGAAGAGGGAAGCGAGACGCAUUUGCAGACAGAAAAAGAAGGAGCCCGAAAUGAACGAACGAAGAGUUUGACAAGCUGGCCGACAGCGGUAAUGGUCAAAAAUUUUACAAAAAAAUGCGACGGCUACCAAAAGGUUUCAAGACCGGAAUAUACUCUUGUAGAGCCCCAGAGGUGAUCUAGUAACCGAUGCCUAGAGCAUACUAAAAUUAUGUAGGGAACACUUCUCCAGCCUGUGGCAGUGAAAGUACAACGCCAGGCGAAAGCGAAACAGAGGCUUGGACGAUGACAACAGUUGGUGCCACCUUGCGAAAAGAAGAAACGACUGUCACGCUGUUGUUAACUCGGCUAUAAUCGCGUAAACGGUGUCUACGUCAGUAAAGAAGAAGAAGAAGAAAGAAAAACUACAAUUUCCAAACGAAGUUUUCUUCGCAUGUGGAGUGUUGUGAUACAUAUCGAAGCGUCAGAACUAAAACUUUUUCAA